CUCACUUAUUUGUGAGGGACUUCGUGUCCUGCCCUGUACAUGUACCUGUAACCAUUUGUCUCGCACUUGAUACGGCUUCUUGAAUUUUCUCUUAUUGUUCUAAGUUGUGCGGGACACUAACCAACAUCAAAAUGUUCUCCAAUCAUAUGGCAACCGUUGUGCGACUUGCUGCACAACAGCAGCAACAACAACGUAAUAUGGCUACUCUCAAAGCUAUUUCUAUAAGACUAAAAUCUGUAAAAAACAUUCAAAAAAUUACACAAUCAAUGAAAAUGGUGUCUGCUGCUAAAUACAGUAGAGCAGAACGUGAUUUGAAACAAGCUCGUCCACUUGGUGUUGGUACAAAAGCCUUUUAUGAGCAAGCAGGAAUCGAGGCACCUGCAGAUGAGCCUAAGAAACUUGUUAUAGCAGUAACAAGCGAUCGUGGUUUGUGCGGUGCUGUGCACACUGGAGUUUCUCGUAAUAUUCGGGAUGCUUUAUUAGCAGACCCUAAAGAACGUGAAAAUACGAAAAUUGUAUGCAUUGGCGAUAAAUCGAGGGCAAUUUUAUCGCGUGUGUUUGCUAGUAAUAUACUUUUUGUCGCAUCUGAGGUUGGGCGCAAACCACCCACAUUUAAUGAUGCUGCUAAAGUAGCAACUGAAGUUAUGAAUAGCGAGUACACCUUUGGUUCUGGGCGCAUUGUCUACAAUCGAUUUAAGUCAGUAGUGUCAUAUUCUGUUGACCAGUUACCUCUUUUUGAUAAAAAUUCGGUGAUCACAGCACCCAAGUUGUCUGUGUAUGAUUCCCUCGAUGAAGAGGUAAUUCAAAGCUAUUUAGAAUUUUCUUUGGCAUCUUUGUUGUUCUAUGCCAUGAAAGAAGGUGCCUGCAGUGAACAGUCUAGCCGUAUGACAGCUAUGGACAAUGCUAGCAAAAAUGCAGGCGAAAUGAUAGAUAAAUUAACUUUAACAUUCAAUCGCACUCGACAAGCUGUAAUUACAAGGGAAUUAAUUGAAAUUAUUUCUGGUGCUGCUGCAUUGGAUUAAAUAUUGUAAAAACUUUUUAAUAAAAUUAAUGCACAAUAGUUGUGGCAUGUAGAUCAAAUGAAUACUAUUAUGUUGAGAUUGGAUGUGCUAUUGUACAGGAAGACAACUUCAACUGUAUAGGUGCACUAAUAUUUAUAAAUCCGUAUAAAAAAUAAGUCAUUCAAGCACCACAGAAACACUGUAUUUCUUAAUGUUCUGGAGAAAACUGCCAAGCGAAAUAAAUAAUUCCGUCAAGUUUCA